AAGCAAAGAGCAAUCAGGUAGUCGUUCAGAUAUUUCCAGUCGAGUAUGAUCGGCACGUAGCUCUUUGUCAAAAGCUUCUCCUUCUUCUCUUUCUCUUUCUUUUUCUGUUUUAUGUGCAUAUUGUGAAAAUUUGUAUAUAGGAUCUCAAACUCCAAAACAGAGAUUCAACGGAUUCGGUGAAACGCUGCUGUCAAGAUAAAGGGUGAACGAUUAUCUGAUCACGAUGCCGUAUUACAAUAGUGGACAUAGUCCUUCCACCUAUAAUAAAGACGGAGGGUCGAGUGGUCCAUCGAGCACAUCUGGUGGCCGUGUGAGUAGUUCCGAGCCGACAUACAUGAUGGAGCAUUUGGCCACGUUCACGGUCACGAAGGAAACCGGUAUUGUUUAUCCAGCGGACGGUAUGCGGCGACUUUUGCAAUUGGAGAAGAGUAACGGCAUCUGGAGUCAAAAGAUGCAGCUCCGUCUGGAACGGAACUGGGUACUGAUUAUGGACAAUGAGACAGGGGCCGUCAUGGAGCGUUUCCCAGCCUCGUUGAUACAGGAACCGACCGCGUUCACGUCGAGGGAUCCUAUGGAGAUGUAUAACAACAUUCUCGUCUUCACAGUGGCGGAUGACAGUGGUUCCGGUCAACGAGCAGAAAUGCAUAUAUUCCAGUGUCAAAGUGUCUCGGCACAAGAUCUCGUCGAGGAUCUGAAGAUGCUGCAAAUGGGUAAACUGGUACCCGGUGGUUCGCCAAGAGGUCCAAGAGGACGUAUUCCACCGCCUCCCACUUUACCACCGCCAGAACCACCCUUAAACGGGGUUAAUGUCCGAGAACAAGUAUCUGCAUUUAGUGCUAACAAUGCCGAUAGUCAAAAUGAUAUAUCUCGUGAGGAGAACAAUGACGAAGUGUCCUCGACAUCUUCCGAAAAAUAUGAACGCGACGUGACGAUCCUGAAUCAUUGUUUCGAUGAUAUUGAAAAAUUUAUCGCGCGUCUGCAAUAUGCGGCUGCCGCUUCUAAAGAAUUGGAACGUCGAAGGCGCAAUCGAAAGUCGAAGAAAAGAAAUCUCGGUGACGGAAUGCUGACAAUGAGAGCCAAACCGCCACCAGAGAUGGAAUUCAUCGAUAUCUUUCAAAAAUUUAAGCUGUCGUUUAAUUUGCUGGCUAAGUUGAAGGCUCAUAUUCACGACCCCAACGCUCCUGAACUAGUGCAUUUUCUCUUUACGCCGCUUGCUUUGAUCGUGGACGCAUCUCACGAUACUAAUUACGAUCCUAACUUGCCAAGCAAAGUUGUAUCACCGUUAUUGACUAGAGAAGCGGUAAAUUUGUUGAUUAACUGCGUCACAAGUAAAGAGACGGAGCUUUGGCAUUCAUUGGGCGAUACGUGGUUAAUACCACGCGAUCAAUGGAAAGGUCACGUUCCCCCCUAUCACCCUAUCUUCAUGGAUGGUUGGUCCCCUGAGUAUCCAAUACCAGAAGACAGAGACCACGAUCAUCUUGCUUCGUUAUUGAACGCUGACAAACAGAAGAGGGACGAGCUCCCUGAACAACAGAACGAUUCGUAUUAUAAUCAUCGAGAAGUUGACGAAUCUCAUUAUAGCAGCGAUUAUUUAGAGUACGAGAGCAGAGAAGAGCGUGCCGGUAACGAAUAUUUUGAUAGAAAUUACGGUACCGGUUCAGAGUUGUAUGGUAGAGAAGAAAGAGUGGUCGAUCAAACGAGAGCGCAUAGCGACAUAUCCGUAGACUCGAUCGAAAGAACACCGAGAACUGCUGGUAUGGAAAGAGCUCAGGAAGCUUGGUUAGACGACUUAGUGGCUAGACACGCGAAAAUCGUGCAAGUUACUUAUCCGAGGACGGCAAACAACGAUAAAGAAUUGACAGUUGUUAGAGGUGAAUACCUAGAGAUUCUCGAUGAUAGCAGGAAAUGGUGGAAGGCAAGAAAUUCCAGAGGCCAGGUUGCCCAUGUGCCACAUACUAUUGUUACACCUCACAAUCCUUCUCAUUCUAACGACAACGAUGUUUUCAACAAUCCUUUGUACACGAGUCGAUAUCCGAGGCAGGGGCACAGCUAUAAUUAUGAGGAUUCUGAAAUCGAAAGGACCAGCACAAGUCCAGGACCUGAAGCCACUCAUCGAACGCAUGCGAUUCCACCUCCCGCACCUGCAGAUUGGGUGAGAAAAGAAAGACUUGGGAAAAAAGAUGAAUCUAACGAAGAAACGACGUCUAUCGGUAGUAACAAAGUAACAUUUGCAAUUAAACCUGACAUCAAUGAAAAAAUAUCAUCCAUCAAUGAAGAUCAGAAAUCAAAAUCCAAUAAAAUGACAGAGGUAGUUGAAAUUCACGCACCACCUCCGGACGUACGUGAAGAAAUCGCGAAGGAAAUGUCGUCAUCAUUAAUAUCAACAAUUACUCCACCACCACCUCCACCGCCUCCUUUAGAGAGUCAGAUAUCUGUUUCUUCGAAUAAUUCAUGCAAAUCAGCUACAUUGAAGAGUAAUCAUACAAUUAGCGGGCUGAAAACCGAGAAAGAAGUGCAAGAGGAACUGAAACAAGUAUUAAUGAUAUUUCGUGAGAAGAAAGAGUAUUAUGGCAAGAGUAUAGAUCGUGAGCCUGUCUUGGAUCAAUAUUCCACUCCUAGAGAAGUGCAAAAAUGGCUUACAUUUAAAGGAUAUUCAGAAAAAAUUUGUAAACAAUUAAGAGAUAUGGCUGGUUCAGAAGUAUUUGAUUUAACAAAAAGACAAUUGGAACAGUAUUGUGGUAUCGCGGAAGGUGCCAAACUUUUCAAUCAAAUUUUAUUAGCACGAAAUGAAAACAAGACGAAGAGUUCUCGAACAUCGGAAUUGAAACAAAUAUUAGAAAAAGCUAGACACAAACAAUGAAGCAUUUUCUAUCAAAUACUCUAUAAAUAUAUAAUAAGAAUUAUACAUAUCUUUCAAGUGUAUGUAGUAACAAACAUAUACAUCAAGAAAUUUAAUAUCAAAUUGCAUUUAUUAUCGAAUAAUAAUCAUAUUACUAUUUUCUUUUAUGAAACUCUGUGAUUAGUUUGUAAAUUAAGAGCAAUAUAUUUAACACUAUAUCUACUAUAUCUAUAGAUAAAUAUAUUUACAAACUAAAUACUUAAAUGAGAUUUUUCAAUUAUUAUUUUUUUUUAUAUAAUAAUAUAUUAUAAAAAUAUAUAUUAUAAAUAUUUCUGUUAUAAUAGCAAUAAGAGAAUGCGUUUUAAAUAUUGUGAAAAAUACUUAUUACUAAAUAACGAAGUGAUAUUUUCAUAAAAAAGUCGUUAAUAGAAAGUCAAAAAUAUUCGUUUAAUAUUGAUGUCAAAUUUUUAUUUCAAGCGAUCACAUACAUUGUAACAGACAUAAAUAGGUACUCUAGCUGUAUCAUUUAUUAUAUUGAUAAACUAUACAUUUCUUUCGAAUACUCGACUCGAAGUCACACAAUGUGAACACAUUGAUAAUUAUAUUUUUAUAGAGAUAAAUCUGUUAUAAAGCCCUUGCAUAUUUAUCAUUUAAAUAAUUCUCAUACAAAACUUUUAUAUUGGCAAAUGGAAUACAACGAUACACGUACUGAAUACCGUAAUAUAAAACCUUUAAUACAACGAAUGUAACAUGCACAAUAACAAUGUUAAGUCUUAAUAAAUGUUAAUAGUCUAAAAACUGUAAAAACAAAUGGAGACAACACUUUUCCAUUAAACCAUAUAAUAAUUGAACAAGGUCAAAUCGUUUCUCGAUUAAUCAGGUUUCAAACAGUCUUAUAUAAUCACAUAUAUUCAAUUAUGUAAUUAUUACUAGAAAACAACAAUAUAUCUUGAGAAAAAGCUUCAUAAUAGAAUUGUUUUUAAUAAAAUAAUUAUAAAUUAUUUCAAAAUAUAUGAACUGUGUUGCUUUCUAUGAUUCUUAAUAACUUAUUGUAACUGAUUCUAUGCAUGUGUAGAAACUUUUAGAAAUGUUUCAAUACAAAAUCUACAUUAAAAAACUCUUAGACAUAUUUUUCUAAAUGCGAUCUAAAAAUGUCUCGUUCUAAAAAUGUUAUUCGCGACAGUUAUUCGCGACAGUUUUGCAAUUAUAACUUACAAUGGUAACCAAAGUUUUUGGUCGUUUACGAGUAGCUCAGAUAAGCCUUAUAAUUGUAAAAUUUCAAAUUCAUUCAUUUUACACAAUAAUAAUUACGUAAUAAAUAUUUAUUAUGCGAUAAUUACUGUUUAGUAUCAUUUAUUCUUAACAUUAUUAUUAUUAUUAAGAUUAUUAUCAUUAAUUUUACUUUCGUAGACGCAUGUGUCUUAAGGAUUUAAUAAAAUCAACAAUAGAUAUUUUUUCAAUGACAAAAUUAAAAAAAAAAGAUUAAUAAUUUUCAUAACACGUUAAAAAUCGGAAUGUAGGGUUCAUGCUAUUAAGGAAGUAAAAAAAAUUUUUUUGUUCACACAAUAUAAGACUUGAAUAAUUAAAUUAAAUAAUACUCAGUGAAAUUUCCACAUGAAAUUUUAUAAAUUUUGAAAAUCAUAAGCAAACAAAUAUGCAUUCUUAUCAAAUACAUCAAAUACAUCAUUACGUCUUCCUUUUGGUAUAACGUUGUUAAUUUAUAAAUUUAGCAUCCUUGACUAUGUUAUCUAUUUAUGAAUUUGUGCGUAUUUCAAUUUAAUUUUUAUAAGCUAUCAUUGUUGAACUUUAUCAUUUCUCCAUUUAAAUUUUGUAAAUUUUAAAAAAUGUCAACAUUUUUAGAGCAGAAGAAUUCCGCUCCAUAUCUUUGGAAUAAAAAUUUUAAUGCCAAAUAUUUGAUUCUAAGAUACAUCUGUUUCCAUAUUAUCGCGAUUUUUAUCAUUUGAACUAUUUUAAACCCGCAAAUUCUAUGACAGUAAAAAUACAGUGAAAAGAUAAAAAAAAUUAUCUGUUUUUCAUUCGGUUGCAAUUAUUCGGUUCAACUUACUGUUAGAUUGUUUUAUAUGAUAAUUAAGUUAUCAAUUUCUAAUAAAUAUUCAAACAUAACUGUAUAUAAUUUAUAAUACAAUUAUUUUAAUCCUUUGCGAAAGAACAACUGUUUAAAUUCUUUGAAUCGUUAAAUUAAGGAUAAUAUAAUAUUUACAAUCAUUAUAAUUAAUAAUAUAAUUAACCGAAACGUAACAUUAAACUGUGAUAGAAAAUAGAACAAUUAUUGUAUUGGGCUGAUUUCUUAAAAUUAAUGGUACAGUGUUUGAUUCUAGGACUAACGAUAGUGUAUAAAAUAUAUAAUAUAAUAUAAUAUACCCGUGAGAUAAUUGCAUGCCAGAUAAACCUUGAUCGAGAGCGAAAACAUUUUUAUAUGUAAUAUGUACACCGGGCAUAUAAUGUUUACGUUAUUGUAUAAUGUCAAUGAUGAAAUUGAUGAUGAUCACUGUACACCGGUGUUAUAUAAAUUAUUAAAAAUAUGAUACGAAACCAAAGUUAAUAAUAACUGAUUAAUGAAUGUUAAACAUGUACAACUUAUAAUUGGCGACUAAUAAUCGUUCAUUAAUAAUGAUCGAUUUAAUAAUAAACAUUAUUAAAUAUCUAAGUUAUUUUGAAAAUGAUUUUGAAUAUUACAGAUGCGAAUACGUUUUUGGAGUAAUAUAGUUACGCAAUAAAUAACUUGCUCAUAAGCUUGACCUUGGAAUUAUCAGAAAUACGUAUAUCAAAUAUUUUUUACGACUUUACAAAACAUAAAUUUAUUUUUUUGAUUAUCUU